AGGGCCGCCUGAGGCUGGGCCUUUGGCGGGAGGCCUCCCACUCCCACUUCCGGCUCCUCCUCCAGGAAAAGGCCGCGUCGCUCUUAGUCUUGAGGCCUAGCUGAGCAGGAGGCGGCGAUGGGGCCCCGCAAGGCCUUGCCGGGGAAAGGGAAAAAACAUGAGAAAGAUGCUGUUGGUGAAUCAAAUGAGGGCUACUUUGUGGGGCAAGUGGCUAACAGCCUGUUUCAGAAUAAGCCCACAACAUCUAGUACACGUCCUUUGUUACAACUGUUCAGUGCUUCUGCAGCUGAAACACAGCCAGUAUAUGUUGCUGUGCCAAAAGAAAACAAAAAACGCAAGCAUGCAGAAGAGGAAAUGGCUGCAAAAGUUCAUAGCUCAUCUACUAACAUACAGCCUUUGAAAAAAAUGAAGAAAAUUAGCAAAAAGAAAUUUUCUCCAGCAGAGAAAAUGCUGUCAAACAGGGAAUUUGCUUUGGAACAAGCAGAUGAAGAAGAGGAGGAAAAAGAAAUAAAAAUUAAACAAAAGUUGAAAAAUAGACAUUCUCAACUGGUUACCAAGUAUCCCUCAACUUCAGAUGAAUAUGCUAGAAUAAAACAAAAGAAAACACAAAUCACUAAGGCUGAGGAGAUGCUAAAAAAUAAGAGGACACUUUUUGUGGGAAACUUACCUGUUAGUUGUACAGCACAGAUGCUGAAGACAUUUUUCAAAGAAUAUGGACAAAUCGAAUCAGUUCGUUUUCGUUCUGUGAUUCCAGCUGAAGAUACUCUGACAAAGAAAAUGGCAGCUAUAAAGCGAAAAUUGCAUCCAAACAUGAAAUAUAUUAACGCUUACGUCGUUUUCAAGGAAGAAUAUGGUGCUAAUAAUGCCUUAAAAUGUAAUGGCACUGAAUUUACCAGUGGAUUUCACAUCAGAGUCGAUCUUGCUUCACAAUCCACGUGUCAUGAUAACAAGAGAUCAAUAUUUGUGGGCAACCUCCCUUAUGAUAUUGAUGAUGAUACUGUAAGAAACCAUUUCUCUGAAUGUGGAAGUGUAACGAGUGUACGAAUUGUGAGAGAUCGCAACACAGGCACUGGCAAAGGAUUUGGUUAUGUUCUGUUUAAGACUACAGAUGCUGCACACCUUGCGCUGAAACUAAACAACUCUGAACUGAAAGGAAGAAAGCUAAGAGUGCAACGCUGUGUUGAGAAAGAAAAAACACAACAGAUAUGUUCACACAAUGUGAAGAGCCCAGUUAGACUGAAAUAUACAAAGGCUUCUUCACUGAAAAAUGCAAGAGGAUGCUCUAAUAAUUCCUUUGCUGGUGAGAAAGCAGUCCCACUGAAAAAGAGCAAAAAAGGAAAACCAAAAAACAGUAUGAAGAAAAAACUGAAAAAACCCAAAUGAAACUUCUAUAUUACAAAUUUUGAAUUGUAUUUUUAAAUAAAUUUUAUUUCAUGGUUUCAUGGUUA